GCGCACCCUCCAUCCCCCUCCAAUACUUCGUCCGUCCGCGCCCUUGUCCGUCUCUCCGCGCAUUCCUCUGUCUCUUCGCGGUUCUCUCCAUCCCUUCGCGAGUCCCUCUGUCCCCCCGCGCAUUCCUCUAUCCCUCCGCUCAUCUCUCCACGCAUUCCUCCAUCCCUCCGCUCAUCCUUCCGCGCACUCCUCUAUCCCUUCGCUCAUCAAUCCGUCCCCCCACGCACCCUGUGCCUGCCUCCGCGCUGGCAGGGCCGCUCGUGCGCGGGGAUGGCGGGGCGGCCGCGCUUCCUCUGCGGCGUGGUGGAAGGUUUCUAUGGAAGACCGUGGUCUAUGGAACAGAGGAAACUUCUCUUUCAAUGGCUGAAACGCCGGGGGCUGAACUGCUACAUGUACGCACCCAAGGAUGAGCUGAAGCACCGACUGCUCUGGCGAGAGCCCUACACGGAGCAUGAGGCAGUCUGCAUGCAGUCUCUCAUCGAAGCUGCCCGAAAUCAGGGAGUGGAGUUUGUUUUUGCCAUUUCUGCUGGCCAGGACAUGGUGUUUUCCAGUGCUGGGGAUCGGCUCCUGCUGCAGCAAAAACUCAGGCAGGUGGCUGCCAUGGGAUGCUGCUCCUUCGCGCUGCUCUUUGAUGACAUCGACCCCUGCAUGUGCCAAGCUGACCGAGACGUCUUCCCCUCCCUGGCACAGGCUCAUGCCUCUGUGGCCAACGAGGUGUACCAGGAGCUGGGCCAACCCUCUGUCUUCCUCUUCUGCCCUACAGAAUACUGCAGCUCGCUCUGCUCUCCCAGCCCCAGCCAGUCCUGCUACCUGCAGACCAUCGGCCAGGAGCUGCUCCCUGGAAUCAGUGUCAUCUGGACAGGCCCAAAAGUGGUGUCACAGGAGCUCUCAGCUGCUCUGCUGGAGGAGGUGGAGGGUGUCCUGCGGCGCCGUCCCGUCAUCUGGGACAACCUCUACGCCAAUGACUAUGACUGCAGACGUGUCUUCCUGGGCCCCUACAUGGGACGUGCUCCUGGCCUCAUGCCCAGGCUCCACGGACUGCUUCUCAACCCCAACUGUGAGCUCCAGGCCAACUUCAUCCCCAUACACACGCUGGGCACCUGGUUUCAGAGUGAGCUGGGGAGUUGUGCCAACCCUGAUCAUACAGGAAUGGAGAUGGUGGCAGCCCUGGGGGACAGCCAAGACCCACAGGAGAGGAGCUACAGCCCGCAGGAAGCCCUGGAGCUGGCACUGUGUGACUGGGUUGCUGAGAUAAACCAGCAGGCCUUGGAGCCAGGAGGAAGGACGCCAGGACACCCCAGUGUCGGCCUCAAGGGAAGACCAAGGCUGCAGCAUGGCACAGCAGGAGGACAGGAGGUCGUGCCCGACCCCGAGCAACAUGACUAUGUUCCCAGUGGGGCAGACCAGCAUGGCCCCGAGCCCGGUGAUGUGGCACCAGGGGAGGGAUGCAGGGAGGUGACCUCAGAGCCUGAGAAGGGCAGUGGGAGCAGGACACCCAGUGGCAGUCAGCAGAGCCCCACAGGGGAUGGGGAUCAGCUUGCCACGGGGAGCAGGGAAUGCUGUGAGCACUCCUCUUCUCUGCCCCCUGUGGCUAGGAGUGGCCAGUCUGCAGGAAUCCCAAUGGCUACCAAGACCCUCCUCAGCCCAGGCCACACCAUGAGUUCCAGCAAUGGGGCCAACGCUAGUCAGAACCUUCCCUUGCCCACCAGUGAUGCCAUGACAGGGAGUGGCAGCCCCACCCAGUUCCCCAGCAGCACACAGCCUGAAGCCAUCAGGGCUGACAUGCCCCAGACACGCCCAGGGACUGGGGCUGGCACAAGCCCUGGACCCCCAGCCCCACUGAGUGAAGGGACUGGCGCCAGCCCUGGCCCCCUAGCCCCGCUGGCUGAUGACAUCACUGCUAGCUUUGGCCCCUUGGCACCAGUGACCCCAGAGGAGGCUGGAUCCAACCCCACAGCACCAGUAACCCCAGAGGAGACUGGGUCUGCCCCCAUGGUACCACUGACCUCCAAGGAGGCCAGGACCAGCCCCACAUCACAGAUGACCUCAGAGGAUGCCAGGACCAGCCCCGUGGCACUGGUGACCCCAGAGGAGGCUAGGUCUGUCCCUAUGGCAUUGAUGAUCCCAGAGGAGUCCAGGUCCAAACCUGCAGCACCGCUGACCCCAGAGGAGGCCGGGUCCAGCCCUACGGCACCGCUGACUGUGGAGGAGGUGCGAAUGCUGGUGGAGCUCUUCUACCUGCCCUACCAUCACGGGGCACUGGCGCAGGAGCUCCUGGAGCACUUUCGGUGGCUCCGGGCAAACAGCCUCAGCGUGGGGGUCCCGGCCGUGUCGCCUGAUGCCUGCGGGAACGCGCGAUGGCGGGGCCGAGCCCAGUCCUUCCAGCUGCUCUGCGCACAGACGUGUCGCCUGCACAGCCGCUUCGUCAGCGCCGCCAGCCGGGCACUGCUCUACGACCUCCACCCCUACCUCUGGGACAUCCGCAACAUGCUGCUAGCCGCCAGUGCCUUCGUCCUCUGGCUGGACGGUCACCUCCUCUGCGACCCUGGCCCCAAGGGCACCUGGGGAAACUGCUUUGGCUGGUGCCAGAGUAUCACUGCCCCAAUCUCGCUGGGGAGGGACGCCGAGCCCUGGGUGCGUCGUGGGGGCCUCUUUGGAGAGCUGCAGGCACUGCUGCCUGUGGGGAACAGCUAUGACCUCUUCUACCACCCACCACCUCUCUUCCCGUCCAGCCAAAUGUACCUCCUGCGUCCACUGCUGCCCUUGGACAAGGGACAGCUUUACCGCAUGUGCCGGGAGAGUUUGGACUGUGAUCCCAAAGUGGCAGAGAUCCUCAUGGGCCACCCGGAUCUCCUCGGUGACAGGUUGUUGGGCCCCUUCCUCAGCCUGAGCCCUGAGUACACCUUUGUGCUGGAGGACGAGGGUGGUCCGUGUGGCUACGCAGCUGGAGCACUCCACGCUGAAGGCUUCCUGCAACAGCGAGACAGCAGCUGGCUGCCAGCCAUACGGGACAAGUACCCCCCAGACCUGGGCACGGGUGGCCCAGCUCUGGGACAGGAUGCCCUGGAGGAAGCAGUGCUCUUCUUCCAUGCAGAGCCACUGGCUGUGCCCCUGCCUGUGCUGCGGCGCUUCCCCUCCCUGGUGCAGCUGGGCACUGCCCCCAGUGUGCUGGACGUAGGGGCCAGCCGCAGCCUGGCCCUCUGCCUGCUGAGUGCGCUCAGAGCCAAUGGGUCGCGAGGAGUGUUCUGCCAGGUCAGUGACGCUGAUCGACAGCAGCUGAGCUUCUACAGCAAGCUGGGCUUCGUUGCCCUGCCGGUGGCCUGGGGCAGCUCUCCCGGCACUAAGCUCCUGGGACGUCUCCUCUGAUGGGGACACAGAGAGGCAGUGCCCUGGGACAGGUGGAUCCCCCAGGACAGGCUGACCCCAUGUCCCACACAGCAUUGGCCUGAGGGAGCAGGAACAGAUGGGCACUUUGAGCAGGUCAGGUACAUGAGAGAAGAGACAGGGCAUGGGGGUGAGCAGGAUGUCACUGGGAUGCGUGCAGGGCUGUGAGGGUCCUUCAGCAGCAGAGAGCUAUUUCUGCCAUCUCAGGAGAUUUGGGCACCAGGGCCCCUCUGUGCCCCCCUAACUGUUCCUGCUUGCUGGGCACCCUCCACCUUUGCUGGGCAGCCAGGCUGUCUGCAGCCCCCAGGCCUGCUGGAGCCCACAGGCAGUAUUUGGGGUGGUGGUCCUGGAGCACAGCACGGUGCUGUGUACUAUGGGAGUGUGCCUGUCACACAGGCUGGGCUGCAUGGCUCUCUCCAUCCCCCAGGUGGACUGAGGGUGGGCAGCUGGUGCUGGUGCUGGCUCUUGGCCCCAAGGACCUGCUUGUCUGUAUGGACCAAUCUAGUGUGGGGCACGGUGAGGCACCCUCCCUCUUUGUGCCUGGGGCCUGAGGGGAGCGCUGUCCUUGGCAAUAAAGUGUUUGCUGGGCUCGUCCAUGGCUCCUCUCAGGGGAAAGGGUUUGGGUGUCAGCAGGUCCUUUUCAC